AUGACUGCUCUGGUUCUGGGUCUGGCUCUGGUUCUGGGUCUGGCUCUGGUUCUGGGUCUGGGUCUGGGUCUGGAAUUCAUCUUUCUGCUUCAGAACCGAACGUUUCACACAAAGACCAAUCAGGCGUCUGAUUUAUGCGUCAUCAUCGAGCGGCGGCCGUUAGACACGUCGGCCGGGUUAAAGUGUGUCGCUGGUUCACCUCCACCUAUCAGCCCAAACACACCUCCACAUCCACCCAUCAGCCUAAACACACCUCCACCUCCACCCAUCAGCCCAAACACACCUCCACCCAUCAGCCCAAACACACCUCCAUCUCCACCCAUCGGCCCAAACACACCUCCACCCAUCAGCCCAAACACACCUCCACCCAUCAGCCCAAACACACCUCCACCCAUCAGCCCAAACACACCUCCGCCUCCACCCAUCAGCCCAAACACACCUCCACCUAUCAGCCCAAACACACCUCCACCUAUCAGCCCAAACACACCUCCACCCAUCAGCCCAACCACACCUCCACCCAUCAGCCCAAACACACCUCCGCCUCCACCCAUCAGCCCAAACACACCUCCACCUAUCAGCCCAAACACACCUCCACCUAUCAGCCCAAACACACCUCCACCCAUCAGCCCAACCACACCUCCACCCAUCGGCCCAAACACACCUCCACCUCCAAACUCUUCAAAAUAA